AUGUGCCAUUUCUGCAAUUAGACCCUCCCCAAGUCAUACACACUGAACCUUUAAAAGUCAUUAAAUACUCAUAUUUGUGGUCACAGACAUAAUGGGUGUUGCAGUACAUGAUGAAUUCUGUUUUUUUUUUUUCCUUUUCAGUACAUAAUCUGUUGGUAUUAGCAAAUGCAUCAGGCUAAUCAGACAAGGACAGUGGGAUUACAUUCAACUAUUGUGGGCAGAGGCAGAAUAUUUGUACAGUACUUUUUGGAAAACCUAAGUGACACAUGACAACCAGCCAGACUUAACAUUUGUGUGAUUUGUACUUGAAAGAGUACUACAACUUUUCCACAUACAUGACACAGUCUUUUUCUCCUUUUUUUCUUUUGAAUUCUGCUAGAGGGCAUUAAAAGGAUAUAUGUCUUUCAGUUACAGCAACACUGCGUACAUUACCCUGCUCCUCCUUUGUGGAAACACAGGGCUUGUUGCAAAGAACAAUAGUGCCUGAAUGUUUGAUGCACCACUGCAGCUGCAGGGCAUUCUGCUGCAAUCCUUUCCUUUCCAAUCCUUUGUACUUUGGCAUUUUGCUCCUGUAUUCUGUGUGUGUCUGACUCUGAGAGUGUGAGAAAAUGUCUGUGAAUGAAUGUGUAUACACUUGCUGUUACGUAUUAAAGAUCAUAUUGCAUACAAUGGAUUUUGUAUGAUAAUUGCUGCUGGGAAUAUUAAUUAUGCAUUCAACCUAUUCAAUAUCGCUUCAGUGUCUCCUCCUACAGCUUGUGGGAAAGUAAGGCUAUGUGAAAUGAGCCUGUAUUCUGCUGCACCACCUUCUGUUUAAGAGAUCUUCAUUCCCCUUAGAUCUCCAUCAGCCAUCAUGAAUUAAAGAGCAGGAUAUUUAAUUCUCUUAUAGGUGCAGUGGAAAAUUUUUACUGUUAAGUGAGCUUGACAACCGCUUAGUGGUGUUGUAUACCAAUGGUUAGUAACACGCAGGCGGUGUUUCUUCUGUAUUUAUUUAGCUAUCGAGGACCACCACAGUAAGGAUACUACCACCAAUGCAAAGACAUGUGUAAACAUUGUAAUUUACCUUUAAUAUGAUCUAGAACUGAGCUUAAUUUUAAACAUAACAGCAACAGAUAUGAAACAAAAAUAGAACUGCUGGCCAAAGAGGACUUACUGUACAGGACUGUUUGUACUAUAGUUUGUGCUACUAUACUCAUUCUUAGUGUUACCAUAAUUAUUGUUGCAGAUGAUACAAUACAGUAAUUUCAGAAGUAUUGCCCUGUGACGCUACUGCUCUCACCCAUUCCCUCUUCUGUGAUGACUGCUGACAGACCACAACCAAAACCAUUUAUGUACUUUCUUAUUGAGUCACCGAUCGUCUGCAGCAAGUUCCUGUUUUCUCUUUUCUUACUUUUGCUCAUUUCACUGUGUUUCUCUCAUUCUCUGUUGGUCAAUUGCCUCCCAUUGUGACCUGGUGUGUGUGCGCGGGCGGAGUGAGUACUGUUCUCUGCAGGUGGCUGUCCUGAAUCACACAGGCUUCCUGUCUUGCAUGAAUAGGCGAGCCAUACAGGAAUGCGCUCCUACAUUUACAAUAAGAACUCUGUGAUUGGCUCACAGGCAGAACACUGCGGGAUGCGGACAUAUUUCUUUAGUGCGGACACACAGGAGGACAUGAAUGGCUGGAUCCGGGCCAUGAACCAGGCUGCGCUGAUGCAGCAGAGUCACACCAUAAAGAGAGAGGUGGAGAAGCCAGAGAAGGUUGCCCAGCAGGCAGUUCCACAGACAAACCAUGUCCACAUCACCCAGAACUCAUCUCAGUCAGAAAGUCUUCACAGGACAGACAGAGAAGAACCUCAGGAUAAUGGUAUCCGGUUGGCUCAUGGUGACGAGGUGAGGUAUGGGGUGGAGGUCCACGGGAGACCGAACCAGUUGGGAACAGAAGAAAGGGUAGAGAGACUUUCUCCAGAUUCUGUUGACGGUGCCACACAUAAGAACGGCCAGCCGACUGUAGUCCAGGUGACUCUGCCUCCAGAACAGAACGGAAAUGUCGUCUACCAAAGGGGCUUUGUUUCACGGACAGAACCUGAGAAACAUGUGCAGAGGAAGAAUACACUGGCUCAGGUGGAGCAGUGGGUGAAAGUACAAAAAGGAGACCCACACAAGAGUGCUGCAUCUACUGAAUACAACCUGCCUCGAAGGACUCCUCCUUUGAAGCCAAAAGCCAACACAAUGGACGCCACCUAUCAGUCGUUGCCAAAGUCUCCCCGUCUCCCAUCAGGCAGCAGUUCUCCCCCAGCAACAUGCAACCUGCCCAGUGACUACAAGUACGCUCACGAUCGGCUCAGCCACUUCCGUAUGUCUACUGAUGAGCGCAUGGCCACCAAGGAGGGAAUGGUGUGGCAGCUGUACGAGUGGCAGCAGCGGCAGCAGUUCCGUCACGGCAGCCCCACCGCCCCCAUCUACAGUGGGCCCAACUUCACAGACUCCUCUUCAUUUAGAGUUACCGUGGAGAUGCCACGCUCCAUCUCUGUGCCUCCAUCUCCUUGUGAAGUCCCACCGUCAGUCCCCUCUACCUUCAAACCUUUAUCCCCUCGCCGGCCACACACUCCUUCAGACAGACGCACAGUCAGACCCCUGGAUGAAACGGCACCUGCACAGGAUAGCACAAGGUCCAGCUCCCCCGGUCAUAUUUGUACCCAUCUAUCUCAGACUUCCCAGAUCGAGAGAAGGUCCAUGCCCGCCAUGGGCUACAUCACACACACUGUCAGUGCACCAAGCUUGCAUGGAAAAACGCCAGAGGAGCUGACUCUGCUCCUCAUUCAGCUUCGGAGGCACCAGGCCAAGAUGGCUGGUGUGCAUAGCCCCAGCGAUGCGUUCGCUCACCUGCAGCACCACCAGCACAACGGCCUUCUAGGCCCCAGCAUGCAGGCUGAUGAUACUUACAUACAACUGAAGAAGGACCUGGAGUAUCUAGAUCUGAAGGUGGGCCCCAAGAAAGUUACUGGAUGUGAAAGCCUAAAAAAAGAAAGACCAUCAAGGCCUGUGAAAAUAGCAGAAAGUGAUGCCGAUGUGAAAUUAAGCCGAUUGUGUGAACAAGACAAGAUUUUACAGGAGCUCGAAGCCAGGAUACGCACUUUAAAGGAAGACAAGGACAAACUGGAGUCUGUGCUGGAUGUUUCCCACCAGCAGAUGGAGCAGUACCGAGAUCAGCCGGCUCAUGCUGAGAAGAUUGCCUACCAGCAGAAAUUACUACAAGAGGAUGUGGUGCACAUCAGGGCUGAAAUAUCACAAGUAUCUACAGAGAUGGAGAAUGCGUGGAACGAAUACAACCGGCUGGAGAGAGACGUGGACUGGCUAAAGUCAGCCCUGCAGGGGCAGAUGAACCGCAGUGAUCUGACUCAGCAAGAGAAAGUCCAGAUCAGGAAAGAGUUGUGGAGGAUUGAGGAUGUCAUUGCAGGCCUCAGUUCCAGUAAAGCCAACUACAAAGUCACUAUCUCCUCUGUGACCAACCCAGAGAGGAAAUUUGUGCCUUCAGUGUCGGCGUCAUCAGUGCCUUCUGUGUCUGGGAGCCCGUCUGCUAUGGAGAUGAGACUGUCCCAGCAGCAGCAGCAGCAGCAGCAGCACAGCCCCCACCUCAGCCCCAGUAGCCACACCCCCACCCUCUCCUCCAGCCCCAGCCAGCAGCCCUUACACCACUCUGCAACCCCCAUCACCGGGCUGAAAUGGGGUGAGGAAGACGUGCCCCCCAGACCUCCUCUACCUCAGCUCUACAGUCCCAACGAGCACCCCCCCGCUGUGCCCCCGCUGCCCAGAGAGACCACAGUCAUCCGACACACAUCUGUACGUGGCCUCAAACGACAGUCAGACGAACGCAAGAGGGACAGAGAAAUAGGCCAGUUCACCAACGGAGACACUAAGAUUGAACUUCGACCUUUCCUGAGUGACCCUGAGCUUAUGGGAGUCGGAGAUGGUUCCAGUCACAUCAGCAUAUCAGCAUCAGGACACGAUGGAGGAUAUCAGACAUUACCGAGCAGAGGAGCGGCUGCCUCCUCACUUAGGCUAAAUCAGUCCUCAAGCAUCUCCUCAUAUGUGACUCUCCGAAGAGCAGCCUCAGCUGUCAGUGGGAAGGAGAGACCAAAAAGUGCCUUGGAGCGUCUGUACUCUGGGGACCCAGCGCAGCAGCAGCAGAGAGGGAAGAUGAGUGCUGAUGAGCAGCUGGAGAGGAUGAAGAGGCACCAGAAGGCCCUCGUCCGCCAGCGCAAACGCACCCUGAGUCACGGAGACCGCCAUGCCUCUUCAUCAUCCCGCACUUCAUCCUCUUCCUCGCGCCCACUUUCAGCAGACUUGGGAUCAUGGAAGAGAGAGCAGGACUUUGACCUGCAGUUGCUCGAGAGGGCUGUUCAAGGAGAGGAGGCUCAGGGAGUUAGGAGCGUCCAGGGUGAGGAACGGCCUCCUGAGCAUAAAGAGAGGCCGCGCUCACAUUCGGAUGAAUGGCUGACUUUCCGUUCCACGGCUUCGACCACUCCCACCAAAGAAGUUGAUCUGGAACCACUAGACUAUGAUCUGGAUCUCAGCAAAGAGCUGUCCAAGCCUCAGAAGGUGUUGAUCCCAGAACGCUAUGUGGAUUCAGAACCUGAGGAGCCCCUCAGUCCACAAGAGGUUGAGGAGCGCCAUCGCAAGGUGGAGCGCAUCAAGAGCAUUUUAGCGAAGUCCAGUGUGCAAAACCUAGGCCCUACAGUACCUGUGGACAAACCAGAGGUGGGAGUGGUGGCACUGGACUCAGCUCUGCAGGAGCAGGAGAGGAUCAUCACUAUGUCCUACGCUCUGGCCUCAGAAGCCUCCCUAAAGAGCAAACUGGUUGCAGCUCAAGCGAUUUCUGGACACUGAGGUGCUAAACAACCGGGUUCUGCAGUGAAAGAGGAUUUUGUCUGAUUUUGGACACUUAAACCUUACUAUACAAGAACUGUAGAAGAACUGUAGUAAACAUUUAGUCUGCUGUGUCAGGCUCACAUAGCACUGACUCAUUUUUUUAGGUGCUGAAAGCAACUUUCCUGAGACAGAAAGAAGACUUUGCUAUAGGAGCGGCUGUGCUUAUUAACUAUGGACAUGUCUAACAAGUGUUAAUCUCAUAACAACAGAUAUUUUCUACAUGUUAUUGCACUUUGAAUUACUGUAUCACGGUGAGAAAUUGAAGCUAAUAUUUUCAAUGUACGACUGAAUUGCUUUUGACUUGCAGUGUGAUCUUUACUGGGAACUUUUGUUUUUCAGGUACAGAAUGUCAAGAACAAGUGGUACUAAAUGUGUCAUACAUUUGUUUUGUCAAAACUCAGAUAAUAUUUUACACCAAACCACUUGAAAUGUCAUAUGUAUAUAUCUACUGUAGCACUGCCAGUCUCCUUUUAGCUUGCCAAAAUGAAUUUUAUUUUUGCUUAUAUCAGGAUGAAAAUAACAUUUAACAUAUUUUCUGUGUGACUGGGAAAAGUUGCGCAAUGGAAAUUUAUAAAAAUGUGAAUAUUAAAGAUAUUAACAUUACA